GAAACAGCAACUGCUCGAUAAGACUCGGCUUCCCAUCAUGGCCCGCACCAAGCAGACCGUUGAAACUGCGCGCAAGUCGACCGGUGGGAAGGCACCGCGGAAGCAGUUUGCUGUGAAACUUAUGCGGAAGGUGACGCCGUCGUCUGCUACCGUCAAGAGACCUCAUCGUUUCAGGCCUGGUACGGUGGCCCUAAGGGAAAUCCGACGCUACCAGAAGUCCACGGAGAUGCUCAUUCGCAAGCUCCCUUUCCAGCGGCUGGUCAGGGAAGUCUCUCAGGACUUGCAGCUGAACCUACGCUUCCAGAACUCUGCCUUGCUCGCCCUGCAGGAAGCCACCGAAGCUUACGUCGUCGGCCUCUUCGAAGACUCUAACUUGUGCGCCAUUCACGCCAGGCGUGUCACCAUUAUGCCCAAGGACGUCCAGCUUGCGCGACGCAUCCGCAGUGAGCGGGGCUAGUACUUUUGUACUAAACAGCCCGCCAUGAGCUCCACUAGCGCUUCCGUCCUCCAUAUUCAUAGAAUCGCGCCCGUCGGGCGUUUUUAACUUCCUCAUCAAUAAAGUCGCCUUCCCACAGAA